AUGCUGAGCUCUUCCAACCAGCCUGGAAGGAUCGCCGCCGUCAUUGUCAUCUGGCCGAGCUGUGCCCCGCGGGGCGCGCUCUCCAACUUCCACGAUCUCACACGGGCGCACGCGCGCGCGCGCGCACCAGGCGAGGGCGCCCAGGGCCCACGUGCCCUCGAGGGCGCACCGCGACCCUCCCGCGCCCCCCCCACCACCACCACCACCACCACGCGGGCGCAAGCCCGGAAAGCGCCCGCGUCCGCCCGCGCCCUGCGCUCCCCGCCCCCGCGGCCCCGCUCCGGAGCCCGGCGCCCGGCCGGCGGGACGGCUCUCACCUCGGCCUUUGUCCUCCCGCCGACGCAGCCCCGCUCCGGUGCGACCGCCGCCGUCGGAGGGCCGGCCCAGCCUACCCGCCGCGGUCCCACCCACAGCUGCCGGGCUCGGGGCCGGGCAGGGGGCGCUCGGCAAAGCCCGGAGCCGCGGAGCGCGGCCCGCGCCGGGGACGCGACCCCUGACCCCGGCCGCCGCCCCCCGCCCCCCCCCCCCCGCCUGAGUCCACUUCUCCGGGUCUUCGGGCCGACCGCGCGGCAGGGACGCGCGGUGGGCACCGCCGCCCCGGGACCCGGGCUGGGGAAGGGUCGCGCGCGGUGUGGGCGGCGUCCGGCGAGGGGUGUGGGCCACGCGGCAGGAGCCAGCCCCCGCGCCGGGAGUUCGGGCCCCCGCGGCACCCCGGCCCCCUCGUUCCCCACCCCCGCGCCCGGAUCCCCGCGCCCACAAGGCCGGUGGGAGGGUCAGCCAACGGCCCUGCCCGGCGCCGGCGUCCACCUCGAGGAAAUAACCAGGUCCCCACCUGAAGCGCCCGGCACCCGGCCGGCCCCGCGCGCUGGAAAGGUCGCUUUCUUCUCGGUCCUCCCCGCGGGCCCCCUCCCCGCGUUCCCGCGUGACCCAGACCUGGAGCCCCUCCGGCCACCGCGGACAUCGCGGGGCGGGUGGGGGGAUCUGGACACAAGUGGGAAGAACCCGCCGAGAACAGAGGUCAUUUUGUCGCUUGGGACCCAGGCGCCCGGAGGAGACAAGGAACCUGUGAGAUGCUGCACAGGAGUCGGAGGACCUGUCCUGGACCCUCCCUGCCCCUCACCUCCACGCGUUGCCAGCGAGGCCUUGGGCCUAUGAGUCACUGUCCUCCUGGACUGGAGAGUCACAGCCACCCAGCUGGGCAGUUAAGCGAGGAAAUGACAGAAUGAGGGGACAGCUCCCAGCAAAUGCCAGCACACAAGCAGGGCCUCAGUGAAGACGUUGACUGAAUCAAUCGUGGCAGAUCUGUAGCCUGAGUGGCAGCACCGUCAUGUUCCUUACUGUGAAGUAUUUCAAACACACGCUGGAGAGGCGACGUCAUGAGCCCUCCCUGUGUGCCCAAGAACCAGCCAAUCCUAACAUCUUGCCAUACUUGCUUCGGAUGUUCGUGUACAAAAUAAAUAAUAUCACAAUACA